AUGAAGAAAGAGACGAAACCUGUUCUCGCCGUCAAAGAUGCUUGUUCCGAUUUCUCAUUUCAUUUCUGCGCCGAAACCGAAAGCCAAAUGACCAAGCUUCAAGAAAGCCCGGCGCCUGUCAAGAAGGAGCCUGAUCUCAAUGUUGCGCAACCAUCGUCGAUCGAUCCGUUCCAGGAGGCAUUGAAGUCGAUGGGUAAAGGGCGUAGGGACUCUCCAGUAACGGCCACACCCCCACCAGCUUCGAUGACGAUUACGCCGCCCCUGCUAGAAUCGAUCCGGCUGAUAGAACGAGCUGUGUACGAUGAUGACCCUGUUAAUAAUAUCCAUACUGCUCACAGUUUGCGCGAUCUGGAUUGGGGAGAGGGUGCUGCUCCACAUGCUCCCCUAUUCGAAGAAGUUAUCGAUUGGACGGAUCCAAUAACUCUCGAAUUUGAUCUCAAAGCGUCCCAACGCGGACAGAAUAGUACAGAAAAGACUACUCAGGAGGAGCAACUCGUAAAGGCGCAGCAGGAUCUAACAGUAUCUUGGUCAGAACUGAGACGCUCGGGUGGCUGGAUGCUGCCUUUUAUACGAUUUCGGCCCCAACGUCACAUCUCUCGUCCCUGCGCCUCUUUUCCCUUGCGCUCGGACGAUCUAUUCACCAUGUCAUUCCUCGCCUUCGGUCUCAUCGGCAACGUUCGACUCGGAGGGUUUGGACGUCGACAGCGAUUCCUCUCAACUUCAACUACAUACGCACGUCUGAUCUCCUUUCAUCCUGGGAUGAGCGACGCUCGACGGAGACUUCAAUGGGCGUCAUCUCGCGUCACCACAUUGCAAGAAGUCGUCGCGUAUUCAUUAUUUGGUAUCUUCAGUGUCCAUGUCCACCUACAGACAUCACCAUCCUCGACUGGGUCGGACAACCUUCCGAGUUCAACAGCUGUCUUCCGGCCUAUAUCACUUCUUACGCCACUCCUCCACACACCCUUCCAUCCCUGUCCGAACGUUCUCCUCCUUGUCUUCUUCCCUUCACCUGCUCUCGUCCAUCGUCCGUAUUCGUCUGAGCCACGUCAGCAGUUGCUGACGUGUGCUGGGCGUUUGCGCAUGGUGUUCGUGGUGUUGGGAACAGCAUGGUGGAGCUCGGACAUCGGUUUGGGCCGCGGCUUGCAUGGGCCUAAGCCCCGGCUUUGGGCCGGCUUGGGCUCACGGCUCAGGCUUGAAAUCUGGUGAGCCUAAGCCCCCCCCAGGCCGAGCCUAAGCCGGGGCUUUGAGCCCAAGCCGGGCCGGAACAUCACUA